UGAAGAUCUUAAUUGAAUUUGUACCGAGGUUACUUGCAUGGGUGGCAAGAGGAGAGUUGAUCAUAUGGUGUACCGAUAUCCAAACAGACAAUGCGGGGCGUUGUGGCAUGAGGAAUUCCUCAUAACCACUCAGGCGUAAGUAGAUUCCAUGGUUGAAUUUUUAAUCACCAAUAAUAUAAAGCAGAGAUGUUCGUUUACACCGAGCUGAUUGAAGGUGAUGGAGGUCAUUUAGGAGAAGGCCAAACAUCUGGUAUCCACGGUGGAUGGAGAUUAUAUGAAGAUUAUCCCUACCAAAGCUACCAUGAUCGUCAUCCCUACAAUGACUAUCAAGAAGGAGGUGGAGGCCAUUAUCAAUCCUUUCCAUCAUUCGAACAAGCCCAAUGGUACCAUGACAACCAACAAGAAGGCUAACAGUACCAACCCGAGUAUGACUUUCAUGCAAGCAGUGGUAGUUAUCGCAACUACCAUUACGGAGAUGAUGAGGGUGCCUUUCAUGAUCUGGAUCAGAUGGAAGAUACCCUGCAAGGACCAAUCAGCGAUCUUGAGGAUGAACAAGAAGGACCACUCAGUGCCGACAACUUCGACCCUCUUGAACGUGCUGAUGAUUCAGGCCAUGACUCAGACUCAAAUGAUGAUGAGGUGUCUCGUGACCGGGUACCUAUCAUGUACUACAACCACAUUCCAAAUGAAAAUUGGUAUGUUGAUGCCGACAUGGAGCUGGCGGAGGUGCCAGUAUGGGGUCCACUCACUGGGUUUACAAAGGGCCAACAAUUUGGAUCGAAGAAGGAGGUCCGAGAUGCUAUUGAAACUGAAGCAAUGACUCGGAGUUUUGACUUGCGCACAACACAUUCCGACACAAAGAGACUCAUAGUUAGAUGCCAAAAUCAACACGAGGGAUGCAAGGCUAGGGUACAGGCCAUCAAGAGCAAGAGGGUUGGGCAUUGGGUCAUAACCCAUGCAAUGAACACUCACACAUGUGUAUAAUCCAUAAGGUCCCAAGGCCAUCGACAGUUGAAAUCCAGGGUGGUUGAUGCGACUAACAAGGAUCUAAUUGAGCAACAGCCGGACCUGAAGAUUAAAGCCAUCAUCGCCGACAUUUCUAAUUGAGCAAUAACACGAUACAGAUCGCUGAGCUAGCAGGCGGUCCACCGUUAGAUCUCUCCUUCAACGUGCGGUCACGAUAAACGCCACGUGCGCACGCGGUUGAUUGGCCGCCCUAGCAGGAAACGCCCCCUCUCAAGGCGGUUUACGUUAAAACCGUCUCCCCCUGCAGCGGUUCUCAAUUAAUGGUGGUAGUUUUGGAAAUCUUGAGGUUUGGGUGGUAUUUUUUGUAAUUUUUUUUAAAUAGUUGUAUUAAUGGAAAAAUCCAAGUAACUUGUCAAUGGACCAUUUUGUAUAUCCUCAUGUCCCGUGUGAGCCUCAAUUGAGUUUGGCUACUCCUAAUUAGUAAUUUGCAUGUGGGAUGGGGCGACGAAAUGUGGGUCUCAUUCGGCAGGUGGAAUGAUUAUUCAGAACCAGGAUGGGAUGGUCAUAUUGGAUCUAGGGAUCCAGUUUGAUGUGAUUGAUGAUCCCAUGAUGGUUGAGUUUCUAGUCCUCCGAGAGGCUAUCUGGUGGUGUCUAGAGAUUGGGUUCUCGAAGACUAGGUUUGAAGGUGAUGUCAAGGUGGUCAUUGAUAAACUCAAUUGCGCUAA